ACAUCCUCCUCAGCAGGCGGGCCCCGGGCAGGCCAUGUGUGUGUGAGCUCCGGCCCACUGCUGUAGUGUACAGAGGACGCCGAUCAGGUGCUGCAACUCUCCCUGUACAGCCGCUGACUUCCCCCACCCCGGAUCAGCUGACAUGGCGAGUCCCUGUGUGGUGAUUGCUGACGAUGAGCAAGGAUAUGACCUUGACCUGUUCUGUAUUCCAAAGCAUUAUGCAGCUGACCUUGAGAAGGUAUACAUUCCUCAUGGCCUAAUAAUGGACAGGACUGAACGGUUAGCUCGAGACAUCAUGCGAGACAUGGGAGGUCAUCAUAUAGUCGCACUUUGUGUCUUGAAAGGCGGGUACAAGUUUUUUGCUGAUCUACUGGACUAUAUCAAGGCACUAAAUAGAAACAGUGACCGAUCAAUCCCUAUGACUGUAGACUUUAUCAGGUUGAAAAGUUACUGUAAUGAUCAAUCUACGGGUGACAUAAAAGUUAUAGGAGGAGAUGAUCUUUCCACGUUGACAGGCAAGAAUGUUUUAAUUGUUGAGGAUAUCAUUGAUACAGGAAAGACAAUGAAGACUUUACUUUCUAUGCUGCAGAAGUACAAUCCAAAGAUGGUCAAAGUAGCCAGCUUGCUUGUUAAAAGAACUCCCAGGAGUGUCGGCUAUAGACCUGAUUUUGUAGGAUUUGAAGUUCCAGACAAGUUUGUUGUGGGCUACGCUCUAGACUACAAUGAAUAUUUUAGAGAUUUGAAUCAUAUCUGUGUAAUUAGUGAAGAUGGAAAGGAGAAGUACAAAGCAUAAAGAGAUGGGAGUGGUUGCUCGGUCAUCGGCUCCUGUGCUGCUAAGGUUGCAGUGGAUAUAUCUGCCUUCAUGCUACCUGGACUCAUUCACUUCACAUAUUAGACAUCUUCCUGCAUGAACGCAUUACACCCAUGUCAGUUCUUUCUGCUUCAGACCACGGAGGACACUCCAUGGUAUAAUGAACUGUCUAUUUAUAGAUUACACAAGACUUAUUUUUCAGUGAUGUUGGCAUGCCCUCUGACCUUUUCCCAGGAUUUUAAGCCAUGUACAUUGAUAGCACUUAAAGGACUUGCAAAGGAUUGAAGAGUGUUGAUAGUUUAUCUAUUGGAGUGUAUAAAAAAAGUGGUGGUUUCUAAAUCUG